AUGGUAAUUUAUUUGCUUAAUCAUUCCAUCACUCCUUCUAUUUUCAAUAGUGUUUUAUGGAUUGAUAAAGCCGUAGAUAUAUGGAUCGAUCUUCGCGAACGUUUUUCGCAAGGUGAUCUUUGUAGAAUCUCUGAUCUACAAGAGGAGAUUUAUGCUUUCAAACAAGAUGAAAAAUCUGUCACUGAUUACUUUACUGAGCUGGAAAUACUUUGGGAUGAAUUAUUGCAAUUUCGACCGCUGCCUUCUUACUCGUGUAUUACAGCUUGUUCAUGUGGCGCUGUUACUACUGCUCGUACCUAUCAUGAACAGGACUAUGUGAUUCGUUUUUUGAAGGGUUUGAAUGACUCUUUUUCCGCUGUGCGAUCUCAAAUACUUCUAAUGGAUCAUCUGCCUUCUAUUAACAAGGCAUUUUCUAAAGUAAUUCAACAGGAACGGAAAUCACAAUCUAGUACUUCAUCUUCUACAUAUGUUGACAAACGUUGGUGUACCUUUUGUCAACGACCUCGGCAUACCAUUGACACAUGUUACAAAAAGAAUGGAUAUCCCUCUGGUGCUAAGCCUCGUGCUCCCAUUUCUCGAGCACACAAUGUUGUUUCUGAUGAUAUUGAUGAUUCAUUGGAGGAUUCUAAAUCUGUUGCUGCUUUUCCUGCUGGUGAUUCUUCUCAUAGUUCUGGUUCUAGUUUUAAUCUCACUCAAGAGCAGUAUGAUCAGCUGCUUGCCUUACUUCAGACCUCUUCCCUAGCCACUAAGCCACCACAUCUUCUCCAUCUCAUGUUACAAACCAUAUCAUGA